UAAUGAAAGUUUGGGCAGUUCCUUUGUUCAACAGUCAACUGACUGUGACUGCAUCGUUUGCAGAGUCAACUGCAUCACAUGCAGAAUCAACUGCAUCAAAUGCAGAGUCAUCUGCUGGAACAUCUUCUUCACAGGACACCAUUAUCCUGUCUAGGCAAAGUACCACAGAACGUUGUCAGCCAUGGCCAAAGCAGUUCCCCAUUCCAAAGUUUGCAUAUGAAACUGAGAUGUACCUUGAAAGAGCCAAUGAGGACUACAAGAAGAAUGGAACACUUCUGACUACCUCUAAGAUCAAGGCAGACAUACUUGAGAAGCUGGCUAAAACUGUAUAUAUAUAUAUAUAUAUAUAUAUACAGCCUAUCCAUCAGGUUCACAGAUAAGUGAUGUUGCUGAGGCACUUGUCAAUAAAUAUCCUUGUCUCAAGGAACCUGGCUCCUUUGCAGGUUACUAUGGCUGGCAGCAAAGCCUCAAAUACAAGAUGUCAAAUUAUCGCACCAAACUCAGAGGCUACGGUGUUCCUGAGGUGUUAUGCAAUGCACUGAAACGCAAAACCCCUGCAGACCAGAUGUCUGCAAAGAAUGUAAAAAAGCCUUGAAAGGCAGAGGUAAACUUCCUUCCUCCUUACCCGGCUGGAGAGAAUGAAGAAAGCCAAGAACAAGAGAGGAUUCAGCAGGUGACAGUGUUAGCUAACUGCACAGAAGACAGUGUUAGCUAACUGCACAGAAGACAGAAGUGCUGAUUUUUCUUGCUUACUGAAGUAAAGAAAAAGGACAACAACGCAUUGAUAAAAGAAAAAAUGGCCAAAACAUUUGCACACAGAAGAAACGAAAUCAUCAACCAGUCACCCAGCAUAGAGGACAUCAAAGCCAGAUGGCCCGCUCUAUUUGAGACAUCUCAUAUCCAGGAUGAGUUUCACAGAAUCACAAUGGUGCAUCUUGAAUCGAAGUUCAUGUCCAAGCUGGAUGAAUAUACUCCUCGGCUUCUGAACCUCUUCCACUCCAAGGGCGGAAGUAUGGGGUUGAGGUUGCAGGCUAUCCUACUCAAGACUUCAAGCAAUCCUGACAUUAACAUGACCAGAGAUGUUGUCAUUCGAUGUUUGAUGAUGUACCUUGGGGAAUCUACAGAUCAACUCUUAAAAGAGUACGAUGAUGCUGAUGAAGACAGUGUGUCGCAGGACCUUGCUGUUCAAAGCCUGAAGAUCUACAACAUCAAAGCUAACACGUCAGAGGAUCCAGACAACAUCGGUAUCGUGGUGGAGGGCGUGAAAGUUCUAACUGCUCUGGGUAACUUUCCAAGGGCUUGCUCCCUGCUCGUCGGGUUGGCGUAUGCUGUGAAUCUUGCCUAUCCAAAGGAGCUCAGAUACACGUUUGAAGUGUUUCAGAAACUUCUCCUCGGGCUGGAUAGUUCAAAGCUUUCCCCAAAAGUGAACACCCUCAGGAAUAAGCUACUGGCUUAAGAAAAGGGACCCUUGCUAAUCAAAAGGGAAUUGACAAGUCACUGUUAAAACUGACACACAAGACUUUGUGAAAUGCUUGAGUUUCAGUGAAGUUAGUUAACAUUAGGGCAAUUUCAGUCAAGUUUGGAUUUCUGCAUGUGUAUUUUUUCUUGCAGUACAUUACAAGUGCAGUGUAAAUAUUGAAUUUUUAUGUGUUGUUACACUACAAUGUUGUUAAAUGCUUCCAUGCCAUUGGAUGGCACCACCCAUUCAAGAACCACCCUUUUUAAGGACAGACCCAUUGUUGUCAUAUGUGGUAAUGUGGCUUGUUACAUGGCUUUGCAUCUGUUCAGGUUGAGAUACAUAUGUGUCUGUCACAUGACCCUUGUUGUGACACUUUGUGGACAGUCCAUGCAGGCUUCACCAUUGAAGCGUGAUGAUCUGCAGGCUGCAAAACUUUGGUGUGUUGUAAUAUAUUAUUUGCACUUUAUACAGGGUGGGGAAGCAAAAUUUACAAUGAACAUUUAGUUGUUUUUUCUCAGCAGGCACUACGUCAAUUGUUUUGAAACCAAACAUAUAUUGAU